CAGCGAUGAAUGCAACUUCGACUUUACGUCGUCGCUGUUUUUCGUUAUUACCUUCCUCACGACCACAGGUUAUGGCACCACUGUGCCUCUUUCGGAUGAGGGCCGUGUGUUCUGUGUUGUUUACUGUCUCGUGGGCAUCCCCUUCACCCUGCUGCUGCUGUCCAGCCUCACUCAUGCCCUUCUGCCCUAGCACGACAGGACUUGUUGAAUACCUGCCCGGGAGGACGCAAAGCCGAGCAGCACGUCAGGGGCUGGAGUUUGCAACCUCUUGUUACCUGAUGCUUGGACUGAUUGUCUUGCUUGUUUUUAUGGAAAGCUUCUGGGAACUGCAGCAGGUUCAAGCCAUUCUGCGUUUUUUCGCUGGACCGCGGCAGGGUGAGCUGAAGGGAGUGGGUUUGGAUGAGCUUGUGCUCAGUGGUGACAUAGCAGGUGCUGAGGAGGAACCUCAUUACACUCUACCUAUAUUCACCAUCUCCCCUGCUUUCUCAGACUCACCUGCAACUCCAAGAAUAGAGCUGCCACCGAUCUUUGGCCUGCCACUCAUUGUGGCCACCAAGGAAAAUGUUCCCCCUUCACUAAGACCAAACCACACUCCAGAUCUGCGUCAAUCCACUUCCACUACAUAACUGAUACAGUGGAACUGGACAUUGUAAGAAGAAUAAAAAAUAUCCAAGAAUGAAGCUGGAAACCACUAGGUGGCGAUAUUGGUUCAUUUUCUUCAAUGCUCUUU